AAGAGCCGUGAAUUGUGAUUCUUUGAUAUCGAUGGAUAGGGUUAGGGUUUUGUUGCCGGGAAGCACUGUUGAAAGAGGUAGGCGGCUGAAAUCGAAACGGAACCAUGUUGAAGGUGAUCUUGUGGAUGCCGUUGAAAGAGGCGCGCAGCCGAAAUCGAAACGGAACCAUGUUGAAGGUGAUCUUGUGGAUGCUGUUAAAGGAGGCGCGCAGCCGAAAUCGAAACAGAACCAUGUUGAAGGUGAUCUUGUGGAGCCUUUUAAAAGAGGCGCGCGGCUGAAACCUUUUAAAAGAGGCGCGGGGCUGAAACCUUUUAAAAGAGGCGCGCAGCUGAAAUCGAAACGGAACCAUGUUGAAGGUGAUAUUGUGGAUACUGUUAAAAGAGACACGCCGCUGAAAUCGGAACGGAACCAUGUUGAAGGUGAUCUUGUGGAUGCUGUUAAAGGAGGCCCGCCGCUGAAAUCGGAACGGAACCAUGUUGAAGGUGAUCUUGUGGAUGCUGUUAAAGGAGGCCCGCCGCUGAAAUCGGAACGGAACCAUGUUGAAGGUGAUCUUGUGGAUGCUGUUAAAGGAGGCCCGCCGCUGAAAUCGGAACGGAACCAUGUUGAAGGUGAUCUUGUGGAUGCUGUUAAAGGAGGCCCGCCGCUGAAAUCGGAACGGAACCAUGUUGAAGGUGAUCUUGUGGAUGCUGUUAAAGGAGGCCCGCCGCUGAAAUCGGAACGGAACCAUGUUGAAGGUGAUCUUGUGGAUGCUGUUAAAGGAGGCCCGCCGCCGAAAUCGGAUAGAAACUCUAGAAAAAAAGCUGAUAGAAAAACACAAUUUGUGGCUGGUACGGCGUCUUUUAGAAGAAAACGAAUGCAAAGCGGAAUUGCCAAGGCUGAAUAUGAUAAAAUCAGAAUUGGCGAGGCUGAAUAUGACAGAAUCACUCGAAACCAAACUAUAUAUGAUCUUACUGUUGGCCCUCCACGAGGCUACUUUGGUGGUUUCUGGCCCAUUGACAUAGACGGACCAAUUCGCUCUAGUCUCAAUGAAUAUUGUAAAAUUGCUUUGGAAAAGUUUAACUCUUACAAGAAAAAUAAACAGGAUUUGUUUUUGUUGAUGUUGUCAAGUCAACCCAUGGUACCCCUAGAAUCUAUUAUAUUACCUUUAUGGCAAAAAAACAAGAUGCUUCCCCAACCAUUUUCCAGGCCCAUGUUAUGCACCAUUUUGAUGAUUCGGUUGAGGUCUUUUCUUGUACCAUUAAAAAAGACUAACCAAGAUGAUUUGUUCAGGUCUUCGGAAGCUCAGAAUGGUGGACAGUUGAAAAGGACGUUAUCGGUCAAAUUCCUUUAUUUCCAACCAAAACUUAUUCAAAUGUGCUCGUCAAAUCAAAACUAUUGAUAUGCGCUUAUUGUCUUUUGUUCUUGUGUGGCUUAGGUGGCCACAUUCUGUAUCAAUGCUUCUGGUCACCUAUGGGUGACAACAUGCUGAGCAUUUGUUUUUGAAACUCUAGCAAUGAAUAUUGUCAAUUAGUUUUCAACAUCUACUAAGAUGUUGUGUUGUGUGAAAUAUUACCAACAAGACUGCUAUGCUUGCGUGGUACAACUACAACAUUUCUGUUUCUUUAUUUUUAUAUGAAUAUAUAUGAUUAAGUGGUUCAAACA